CCCCACCCUCCCGGGAGGAGCGGCCAGCCUUGGGCUCUCCAAAUUCUGAGCUCUCAUCAUGGCGGCGGCGGCGGCGGCGGCGGCCGUCGGGGGGCCGCAGCCGCCUCAACCCGAGCUGCCCACGCCCGGACUGGCCCUGGACAAGGCGGCCACCGCGGCGCACCUGAAGGCAGCCCUUAGCCGUCCGGACAACCGGGCAGGUGCUGAGGAGCUGCAGGCGCUGCUGGAGCGAGUGCUGAGCGCCGAGCGGCCGCUGGCCGCGGCUGCGGACAGCGAGGAGGCGGCGGCUGCCAGCAGCGGAGGCGGUCCGGGGGCGGCAGAAGAGGAGGCCCUGGAGUGGUGUAAGUGCCUUCUGGCGGGCGGCGGCGGCUACGAUGAGUUCUGCGCGGCAGUGCGGGCCUACGACCCCGCGGCGCUCUGCGGCCUGGUCUGGACAGCCAAUUUCGUGGCCUACCGCUGCCGGACGUGCGGCAUCUCCCCCUGCAUGUCGCUGUGCGCGGAGUGCUUCCACCAGGGUGAUCACACCGGACACGACUUCAACAUGUUCCGCAGCCAGGCCGGGGGCGCCUGUGACUGCGGGGACAGCAACGUGAUGCGGGAGAGUGGGUUUUGCAAAAGGCAUCAAAUUAAAUCAAGUUCAAAUAUUCCCUGUGUUCCCAAAGACUUACUGAUGAUGUCUGAAUUUGUUCUUCCAAGAUUUAUUUUUUGUCUCAUUCAGUACUUACGAGAAGGCUAUAGUGAACCAGCAGCAGAUGUACCAUCAGAAAAAGACCUUAACAAAGUCCUUCAGCUUUUGGAACCUCAAAUUUCCUUUUUAGAAGAUCUAACUAAAAUGGGAGGAGCAAUGCGGUCUGUUCUUACUCAGGUUUUGACAAACCAACAAAACUAUAAAGAUCUGACUUCUGGUCUUGGAGAAAAUUCUUGUGCAAAAAAAAGUCAUGAAAAGUACCUUAUAGCUUUGAAGAGCUCUGGACUUACAUAUCCUGAGGAUAAACUUGUAUAUGGUAUACAGGAGUCAUCUGCUGGUACUAGCACUCUGGCAGUUCAAGGUUUUGCAGGUGCAACAGGGACAUUGGGACAAUUGGAUUCUUCAGAUGAGGAGGAUCAGGAUGGCAGUCAAGGUCUGGGCAAGAGAAAAAGGGUCAAACUAAGCGGUAACACCAAAGAUCAAUCCAUAAUGGAUGUUUUGAAACAUAAAAGUUUCCUAGAAGAACUAUUGUUUUGGACUAUAAAGUAUGAAUUCCCCCAGAAGAUGGUAACUUUCUUACUCAACAUGCUUCCAGAUCAGGAGUAUAAGGUUGCUUUUACAAAAACUUUUGUUCAGCAUUAUGCUUUCAUUAUGAAAACACUGAAGAAAAGUCAUGAAUCAGACACAAUGUCUAACAGAAUUGUGCAUAUUAGUGUUCAGUUGUUCAGCAACGAGGAGCUAGCCAGACAGGUAACAGAAGAAUGUCAGCUGCUGGAUAUUAUGGUCACUGUGCUAUUAUACAUGAUGGAAAGUUGCCUUAUUAAAAGUGAGCUACAAGAUGAAGAAAAUAGUUUACAUGUGGUAGUGAACUGUGGAGAAGCGUUACUGAAGAAUAACACUUAUUGGCCUCUUGUCAGUGAUUUUAUUAAUAUCCUUUCUCAUCAAAGUGUGGCUAAGAGAUUUUUGGAGGACCAUGGUUUGUUAGUUACAUGGAUGAACUUUGUGUCUUUCUUUCAAGGUAUGAACUUAAACAAGCGAGAACUAAAUGAGCAUGUGGAAUUUGAGUCUCAGACCUACUAUGCUGCCUUUGCUGCUGAACUUGAGGCCUGUGCACAGCCAAUGUGGGGGCUCUUAUCACAUUGUAAAGUUAGGGAAACUCAAGAAUAUACUCGAAAUGUUGUUAGAUACUGCAUUGAAGCUCUCCAAGACUGGUUUGAUGCUAUUAACUUCGUAGAUGAGCCAGCACCUAACCAAGUCACUUUUCAUCUGCCACUACAUCGUUACUAUGCUAUGUUUUUGAGUAAGGCUGUGAAAUGUCAAGAACUAGAUUUGGAUUCUGUUUUACCAGAUCAGGAAAUGUUAAUGAAACUAAUGAUUCACCCACUCCAAAUUCAAGCAAGUCUUGCUGAAAUCCACAGCAAUAUGUGGGUAAGAAAUGGUCUGCAAAUCAAAGGACAAGCCAUGACCUAUGUUCAGUCUCAUUUCUGUAAUUCCAUGAUUGAUCCCGACAUUUACCUAUUACAGGUUUGUGCUUCUAGACUUGACCCAGACUAUUUUAUUUCAUCUGUCUUUGAAAGAUUUAAGGUAGUGGAUUUGUUGACAAUGGCUUCACAACAUCAAAACACAGUACUUGAUGCAGAGCAUGAGAGAUCGAUGUUAGAAGGCGCUCUUACGUUUCUUGUGAUUCUUUUGAGUCUUCGUUUACAUUUAGGAAUGUCUGAUGAUGAGAUUCUCAGGGCAGAGAUGGUAGCCCAGCUGUGUAUGAAUGACAGGACACAUAGUUCAUUGCUGGACCUCAUUCCAGAAAAUCCAAAUCCCAAAAGUGGCAUUAUUCCGGGCAGUUAUAGCUUCGAAUCAGUUUUAUCAGCUGUAGCUGAUUUUAAGGCUCCUGUUUUUGAACCUGGAGGUUCCAUGCAACAAGGCAUGUAUACUCCUAAAGCUGAAGUCUGGGAUCAGGAGUUUGACCCCGUCAUGGUCAUUCUUCGCACAGUUUACCGUAGAGACGUGCAGUCUGCAAUGGACAGAUAUACAGCAUUUUUAAAACAGAGUGGAAAAUUCCCUGGAAAUCCUUGGCCUCCCUAUAAGAAAAGGACACCACUCCAUCCCAGCUAUAAAGGUCUCAUGAGACUUUUGCACUGUAAAACUUUACACAUUGUGCUAUUCACUCUGCUUUACAAGAUAUUGAUGGAUCAUCAAAAUCUGUCAGAACACGUACUCUGCAUGGUUUUAUAUCUGAUUGAAUUAGGACUUGAAAAUUCAGCUGAUGAGGAAUCAGAUGAAGAAGCAUUAGUAUGUGGACCAGAACGUUGUCAUGAUAGUUGGUUUCCCGGCAGUAAUUUGGUAUCCAACAUGAGACACUUUAUAAACUAUGUUAGAGUGAGAGUUCCAGAGACUGCUCCUGAAGUGAAGAGAGACUCACCUGCAAGUACCAGCUCUGAUAGCUUGGGUUCUUUACAAAAUUCUGGUACAGCUCAAGUUUUCAGCUUAGUAGCAGAGCGUAGAAAGAAGUUUCAGGAGAUCAUCAAUCGCAGUAGCAGUGAAGCACAUCAGGUGGUUCGUCCCAGAACUUCAAAUAAAUGGUCUGCUCCUGGUUCAGCUCCACAGUUAACUACAGCCAUUUUGGAAAUUAAAGAAAGCAUAUUGUCUUUGCUAAUUAAACUUCACCACAAACUCUCAGGAAAACAAAACUCGUACUAUCCUCCUUGGCUUGAUGAUAUUGAAAUUUUAAUCCAACCGGAAAUUCCUAAAUAUAGUCAUGGAGAUGGUAUAACUGCAGUAGAAAGAAUUUUACUAAAAGCUGCAUUGCAAAGCAGAAUGAACAAACGCAUCAUUGAAGAGAUAUGUAGAAAAGUGACCCCUCCUGUUCCACCCAAAAAAAUAACUGCAGCAGAGAAGAAAACAUUGGACAAAGAAGAAAGGCGACAAAAGGCUAGAGAGAGGCAGCAGAAAUUGCUUGCAGAGUUUGCUUCACGACAGAAAAGCUUCAUGGAAACUGCAAUGGAUGUUGAGAAAAUUUUCUCCUCAGAUUCUCCUGAGACAGAUAUUCCUAUGGAGAUCACCACAGCAGAACCACAGGUUUCUGAGGCAGUAUAUGAUUGUGUUAUUUGUGGACAGAGUGGCCCCUCCUCUGAAGACCGACCUACAGGAUUGGUUGUACUGUUGCAAGCAUCUUCAGUUUUGGGGCAGUGCCGUGACAACAUUGAGCCAAAAAAGUUGCCUAUCACUGAAGAGGAGCAGAUUUACCCUUGGGAUACAUGUGCAGCAGUUCACGAUGUGAGGCUUUCAUUAUUACAGCGUUAUUUUAAGGAUAGUUCUUGUCUUUUGGCAGUAUCAAUUGGCUGGGAAGGAGGUGUUUAUGUACAAACCUGUGGCCACACAUUACAUAUAGAUUGUCAUAAAUCUUACAUGGAAUCAUUACGGAAUGACCAGGUUCUUCAGGGGUUUUCAGUGGACAAAGGAGAAUUCACAUGUCCUCUCUGUAGGCAGUUUGCAAACAGUGUUCUUCCUUGUUAUCCUGGAAGCAAUGUGGAAAAUAACCUUUGGCAGCGUCCUAGUAACAAAAGCAUACAAGAUCUCAUAAAGGAGGUGGAGGAGCUGCAGGGACGACCGGGAGCUUUCCCAGUAAGCAUCAGUUCAGAAACCAACUUAAGUAAAGAAAUGGAAUCUGUAAUGAAAGACAUCAAAAAUACUACUCAGAAGAAAUAUAGAGACUAUAGCAAGACUCCAGGCUCCCCAGACAAUGAUUUUCUAUUUAUGUAUUCUGUUGCUAGAACCAAUUUGGAACUUGAAUUAAUUCAUCGAGGAGGCAAUUUGUGUUCAGGUGGUGCAAGCACAGCUGGCAAAAGGUCUUGUUUGAAUCAACUGUUCCUUGUAUUAGCCUUGCACAUGCGGCUUUAUAGCAUUGAUUCUGAGUAUAAUCCAUGGAGAAAGCUUACUCAGUUAGUAGAAGAGAUGAAUUCGCAGCUGGGAAAUGAAGAACAACAGCCUGAAGUUCCAAUUCUUUAUCAUGAUGUUACAUCUCUUUUGCUUGUCCAGAUCUUAAUGAUGCCACAACCGUUACGCAAAGACCACUUCACCUGCAUUGUGAAGGUACUUUUUACCCUACUGUACACACAAGCUCUUGCAGCACUUUCAGUUAAAUGCAAUGAGGAAGAUAGGUCAGCCUGGAAACGCACAGGUGCUCUCAAAAAGAAUACAUGUGAUGCAGAAAAGUCUUAUGAAGUAUUAUUGAGCUUUGUGAUAAGUGAACUAGCUAAAGGAAAAUUAUACCAUGAAGAAGGAACUCAGGAGUGUGCAAUGGUUAGCCCUAUUGCUUGGUCUCCUGAAUCCAUGGAAAAAUACUUACAGGACUUCUGCUUACCUUUCCUCAGAAUCACCAGCCUUCUUCAGCACCACCUUUUUGGGGAAGAUUUACCUAGCUGCCAGGAAGAAGAAGAAUUUUCAGUUCUUUCCAGCUGCCUGGGACUUCUGCCAACAUUUUACCAAACAGAACAUCCAUUUAUCAGUGCCUCCUGUCUGGAUUGGUCAGUUCCAGCAUUUGAUAUUAUAUCUCAAUGGUGUUUUGAGAUAAAUUCAUUUACUGAAAGACAUGCAGAACAAGGAAAGGCCUUGCUUAUCCAAGAGUCAAGAUGGAAAUUACCACACCUACUGCAGUUGCCUGAGAAUUAUAACACCAUUUUCCAGUACUAUCACAGAAAAACCUGUAGUGUCUGCACCAAGGUUCCUAAAGAUCCUGCCGUUUGCCUUGUUUGUGGUACUUUUGUAUGCCUGAAAGGACUUUGCUGCAAGCAACAAAGUUACUGUGAAUGUGUAUUGCAUUCUCAGAACUGUGGAGCCGGAACAGGGAUUUUUCUUUUGAUCAAUGCAUCAGUGAUUAUCAUCAUUCGAGGCCACCGCUUCUGCCUCUGGGGUUCUGUGUAUUUGGAUGCCCAUGGAGAGGAAGACCGGGAUCUUAGGCGAGGCAAGCCUCUCUACAUCUGUAAGGAAAGAUACAAAGUUCUUGAACAACAGUGGAUUUCUCAUACUUUUGAUCACAUCAAUAAAAGAUGGGGUCCACAUUACAAUGGGCUGUGACUCACCACCUCAGCAUUGCAUUAUAUCGUCAUUUUCAUUAAGAAUUUAUCAACAAUAAGCUUUAACUUAAUUUGGGAGAUUAACGCUUUUGCUGAAGGAAAAAAAGAAAACAUGUUAUAAAGUCUUUCCAAAAUUAGGUGCUUGGUAAUCACAUUAAUGGUAUAAAAUUUUUUUAAAAAGUAUCUGGAGAUCAUAACAAGUAAAAAGUUAAAUCAUUCUUUCGUUAUUUCCUUUUUUAAAAAAUCUCCAAUUAAUAAGCACAACUUGACAAAAUUAUUUAAAACGGAUUCUCCCAGCAAUCCAUAUCAGUUGUUCAUUGAUCGAGUGGGUGUGAUUUAUUUAAAGUUUUACUGCUUCUUUAUAUCUGUGUGUUUUAAUUUGCAUCUGCUAAACAUAAUGCACCUUUUCCCUCCUCCAUUCUUGUGUUGAUUUGAGAUAUUUGCUGUAUGUAAUUAGAAAAAAAUGUAAAACAUGAUUUAUGUGAAAUAUUGUAUAGUAAAAGUUGGUCUAAUAGUAGAACUUUAAAAUUUUUUCUUAUUGUGAGGAAUCUGUUAAAAGUUUAAGGCUUUGCUGAAAACUUAAUUCAUUCUCAGGAAUUUCAUAAAUAUUCUCCCCAGGUAAAUAAUUGAAAUAGUUGUAAAAUAAGUAGAUAGCUGCUGUUAAUAUGAUACAGUACAUUUUGGGAGACGUGUGUGGUUGGGGGAGUCCUUAAAAAUCAGAAUUUCCAUUUCAGUUGGAUGAAUUAAUAGAAGUAGUAACAAAUAGAUUUUACUAUAAAAUCAAAAGUUUUAAGAGCAAA